GAAAGCAGUGCGUCGAAUCCAUUCGUGUGGCAAUAACUACUAUAAAAUGUUGGAUGUGCCUCAAAAUGCCACAGAAGCUCAAAUAUUAAUGUCCUUCAAAAAGAUGGCCAAGAAAGUACAUCCAGAUAAAAAUUUCGACCCCAGAGCCACUGAGACCUUUCAAGACCUUCUUAAGGCUAAAAAUGUCUUAAUGGAUAGUACCAUGCGCAAAGACUUCGAUCAAAAACUACGUUGCAGCUAUGGCGAGACCAGCUAUAGCCUGAUUAGCUCGGAGAAGUUUCCACUAAAGUGCACGACCACUAACAUAAAGGUUCCAUAUUAUUUACCACAGAACCGGGACUGCUUCACGAAAUAUAAACCUUUGGGAAACCUGUGGGAAAUCAUGGUCGUAAACAAUUUUUGGAAUACUAUGCGGCAUGCAUGCAAUGCGGAGAUGCAUUAUCGUGAUACCUUGUUGGAGUAUGCUCGCAAAAUGCAGAUGCCGUCGUGUGACAAGCUGGACUUUUUUACAAACGGAUACUACUAAAUUUA